GUGAUCCUCAGAGUAACAAGAAGUUUUCGUCUGCUAAACAUGGAACAAAUAUUACAUUAGAAAAUGACAACACACGAGCCACCUCUGUUAGCAAAAGUCCAGCAUCCAUUUGUUUCAUAUCAGAGCAACUAGAAGUCGGAGGAACAUUACACCUCAAUUGCGAGCCAGAGAAAGAAUGGUAUACGCAACCUAGUCGGUCUGAAUUAAGAUUACAUGUCUCUGAGAAAGACCCAUCAACCUUGGAGAACGACUUCAAAUAUUUGUUUAAAGCUUCUUAUAUUAAAACAAGUGAUCCGCCUCUGACGACUAUUGGAAGUUUUGGGAAAGACGAAUGUAACGGUGAAAUAACUGUAAUUCUUUCUGACAAUAAAACCGUACAAUACAAAACGGCGAGAAGACAGAACAGACAGGUUUUAAACUUUAACGCCAAGAAUGGCGUCUGGGUUGUUCUUGGCUUAUAUAGGGUUAAAGUUCAAGCAGUCAGUUACGAAGCUAUAUCCGGAGCAGUUGGAGGGCCUGUUUCCACAACUACUGGUGUUGAUCAACCGGACAGUUUACCCUUAAGACCUAGAGUAACUCCAGUUCCGCCAGAGGAUAAUGUGGAAAGGCAUGAUCGUCAAACUGCAGGUGGCAGUGAGGAAGUGGUUAAACAUCUUGCUGGACGCGUGAUAAGUCUUGAACAGGAACUCCAAAACAUAAGACUUCGAACUCAACAUUCUCCAUCAUCAGCUCCACAAGCGGUUCCAAUACCCGACGUGCCUCAAAUGGUUUCAAGCCCUGACAUGAACGUCUUGGCUGAUGAGCUUGGAGAUAAACUGGACUUACAGACGCGAUUUCCAGACUUGGUACGGGAGAUAGAUACAAAAACAUUUUGUGAUCAUUUAUAUGUAAAGGAUAUUAUUACGCUUACACAGAUGGAAUCAAUCCAUGCUGUAUUUAAAAAUAAUGGCUCGGCAGAUGCAAACAGAGAUCUAUUGAAAAUCAUGAAAACGAAACGCAUAGAAAAGGACAUCAUGAUUCAAAUAGUUGAGGAGUCUCAACAAUCACACCUUCUGAAAAUGUUUUACCCUCCCGAUGAGAAUGCAUAUAAACACCUUACUGGACAAAUUAUAAGUGUGGGACAAGUACCGCAAGAUGUAAGAAUCGAAACUCAAAAUUCUGCAUCAACAAAAGUCCAAGCGGGUAUAGUCCCUGUGAAACCCCGGAAAGUUUUAAGCCACGAUUUGAACGUCAUGACUAAUAGCGUUAGGGAUGAGCUGAACUUAGAGAAACGGUUGCCAGAUUUGUUACGACAGAAAGAUAGAGUGGGACGUCAUCUUAAAGAUUUUUGUACAACUGCUGAACAAUAUGAAGAAAAGAAAGAAGACAAUAGUCAAACUAAGAGUCCUGGACAUAUAAUAUACGCAACAUGUGUUGACUUCAAAACCAGUCUCCAAGAUAGGAUACCAAAAGGCAAAGAUAUCACAAUAGAUUUCGAGCCACCAUCUAGAUGUGUAGGAGAUGUAAACUGUCACCACACGCUUACCAAUGAUAAUGUCGAUAUUCUAAUGAAUCAUGCAGUGCAUGCUGAAAAUGCACAAAUAUUUGAACUCCGGAACCUGUCAUUCGGACAGAAAGCCGUGUCGUGCACGUUUUCUACAUCUGAUUGUUUGUUCACCAGACACAGUCUUGCUGAUAGAUAUACACCAAAACUUGCAUAUCUCACUUUACUAGAAUCAUACUUAAAGAACUUAAAUUUCGACAAGUCUGAUGUUGAAGUUGAACACAACGUAUAUGCCAGAUCAAUUAUAUUAGACUAUAUUUGUUAUAGUCUUGUGAAAAGCCAUGAGGAUGUCGUGGAAGCUUACCCGUCGACGAAAGAAAAUACAUUUGUAUUAAUUGCUUUUACAAAAAAUGACAACGAUUAUCAAGAACUAGAAACGUUUAACGGUCUUCAAGUUUUAUGUAGGCCAUACCUUACAAAGUCGUCCGAAUCUAUUUUGGCUGAAAAUUAUGCACAAGAGCAAGGGUUGCAUUGCUCGUUUGGAAAGGAUAUUCAAUUGCUAAACGAAGUCAUCGAGUCGAAAACAGGAGCGUUAUUUACCGAUCAUAGCAAUAUUGAAGGCAUUGGUUUAAGCAUGGUCAGGUCUACGAGCAAAGGUUUUGAUACAUCCUCACCUUGUGUGGUACUUUAUUGCAAGUGUAAGUCUUACAUUCCUUUCGGUGAACAAGAGUUUCCAAAAUACCUAAUCCACCAGAGUGGUCUUUCAUUUAAAACUGAUGUCCGGGAAGGACGUUUCAGUUUUGGUCCUAAUGGUAAUACACUGCUAGGUGCUGCAACGGAGUGGCACAAAGAAGUAGCCAUGGGUUGCAGCGUGGGACCGAAAAGUGGACAGUAUGAUGCAACCAUUGGGCCAUUUGUAAAAGUUGAAGGUAUUGACCAAACAUGUUUUCUAACAGUAAGACAUAUGUUCCAGCCUUUUCAUCUAGAUGACCGUCGACUUCAAGGAACCAAAAUGAUGCAGCCGGCAGAUGGCGAUACUAAGCCUGAUCCAUACAGCCAAGCUGGGCAUGGAGGACAAGUUUAUGAUAGAGAAUGUGGUGAGGUUUUAACGAGUGCUUUCAAUGGAAUGGUUGAUGCAGCAGUUGUCAAAAUAACAGCUGAUCGUUCUCCGAGCAGAGGAUACUUUGUUGUUCCUACGGAAAAUGAACUAAACGUUGCAGGUUUUUCACAUACAAACUUUCCGGCUUUUGAUGAUGGGUCAAUUAUGAAUGCAACCGCAUUCACGACAGAAAACUUUGCUACAGAAAGGGUAGUCAAAUUUGGAAAAACAACCGGAUUAACGAAAGGAUCACUUGAAUUAAACUCCAUGGCAGUAAAAGUUGUGGACGAGGAAGCAUUGGCCAUACAGUACAAUGGACGUCUUGUGAGUAAGGUUAUGAAAAAGCAACUGAAAGUUAAUUCUCACUCACUGAAGACAUUUUUCCAGCUAGGGGAUUCUGGAUCCGCCGUGUUUUUGGUUGACAAGCAAAAUAAAUUACAUUGUAUUGGGAUGGCAAUUGGUUCAAUGUCCGACCUGUCGUGCCUUGUUACACCCAUACACGUUGUUUUGUCCGAGCUGGAGAAGAAACUAGGCAAGAAAAUUUUACUUAAGAACUUUGAGAUGGAAAAUAUGCAGUAGAUCUAGAUAUACAAUCGAUUGUGACAAACUGACAAACUGAAAUAUAUAUCUGAAUUGUUAGUUAUGAUAUAAGGGCCCGGACUGCAGAUUUUGGCUGAGAUGAUCUUUCUUUAAGUUUGGUAAUAUUAUGAACAUAAGAACAGGAAUUUUUGUUUUCAAAAUUAUCUUUAACAAGAGUGAGGUAAUAUUUGUCUGAAAUUCUAGAUUAGAGGAGGAAGAAGGAAAAUUUAAGAAAUUGAUUUUGCUGUGUGUGGUGUGUGUCUGUCUGUGUGUGUGUGUGUGUGUAGGGGGCGGGUGUAGAGGGGACUGUGGGGCAAGGGGCAGCAGGUGAGGUGGGGGGUAGAGGGGAAUGUGUUGGACAGCAGGUGGGGGUGUUUUGCGCGGAGGAGAGGAGCAGAAGAGGUUAAUGUGUGUAUAUGUGGAAGAGGGUGGGGGUGGGGGCGAGUAAUGUGGUUUGUUGCACUCCUCAAAUAAUUCUAUCACCAUAUACCUUUAUUCCUAGUUUAAAAUCAAUACCUUGAAUAGUUUGGAAUUUAUGCUCCUGAUAUAAAAUACAAAGGACAGAUUCAAACUCAAGUUGUGACCCUGGCCUUUGACAGUUUUACCAAGUUCAUGCACUGUGUACAUCGGUUGAUUGCAACCGACCUAUGUCCGAACUCAAUACGUUGAAUUGUAUAGCCUUGAUCUUUCAGUUACCAACCUAGCUGGUUCAUGCGUAUUGAAUACUAAGGCACAACAUAUAUAAGAAAUUUUCCGUUGGGGCGGGAGGUAAGGAGGAGAGGUGGGAGGGGAGUAAUAUGGAUUGUUGUACUCCUUGAAUCACCGCAUCAUCACCCAUCUAUAUUCCAAGUUUGAAGUAAAUACUUUGAAUGAUUAUUGAGUUAUGCUCUGGACACACAAUAUGAAGGACAAAUUUGACCUUGCUGUGAACUUGAUCUUUGACCUACAGACCUAUUUAUGCGCUCUGCUCAUAUUCUCACCUACCAGUAUGUCAAAUUUGAAGUCAAUAUCUUGAACCUUCUUUCAUUUCAUACAGUGGUAUGCAUUCAUUCUUUUAAGAUUAAAUUAUCUCGUGCGCACGACAUCUUAUCUCGUGCGCACGACAUUUAAUCUCAUCUCAUGUGCACGAAAUCUUAUCUCGAGCGCACGACAUUUUAUCUCGAGCGCACGACAUCAUAUCUCGAGCGCACGACAUCCUAUCUCGAGCGCACUGCUCUCCCAAAUGAUGUGACAAAUUUGUACCUGCUGGAAUUAAGACGGGACCAUAAUUAUCUACUCGUCCGUAUGUUUUAAUGAUGACCUAAGUACAAACAAAGGGCCCUGAUAUAUAUAUGCAAAAAUUGAAACAGUUAGUAAUUUCACAUAUUUAGGGGUAAUUUUUACCACAUGCGGAUCAUUUUCAAAAACUUAUGAAGCUCUAGCAGGUCAGGCACUAAAGGCAAUUUUCAAGCUUAAAAUGUACAUACAGAAUUUCAAUAAUUUUUCAGUAACACACACUAGAUCUUUUCCAUAAGCUAAAAUUAUCAGUUUUAAACUAUGGUUGUGAAGUAUGGGGCUUUAAAGAAUCAAAGAAGUUAGAAAAUAUUCAUUUGCAGUUUUGCAAAAAUCUAUUAGGUGUACGGUUACAAACACAAAAUUCGUUUAUAUUUGGAGAGUUAGGAAGAGAACCUUUAUUAAACCAUAGACUGUAUCAGAUAAUAAAAUUUUGGCUUAAAAUAUUAAAGUCGGAAAGAAACCGAUAUAUUAGAAAAGUUUAUGACAUGGUGAUAUAUCAGAUGGAACUUGAACCAAAUAAUAAUUGUUGGACAAAAUCAGUCAAAUCGUUAUUAGAGCAAUUAGGAUUUCAAACAAAGAAUAAGAGAUAAUUUCAUGCAACACUGAAAUGAAUCUUUAGAGAAUUCUUCUUGUAAACUGUUUUCAAUUGAUAGAAACAGGCAGAUGGUACAAGCCGAACAAAAUUCCAAGAGAUGAUAGGAAAUGUGUUAUAUGUAAUACCCUAGAGGACGAAUUUCACAGAAUGUAAAUUAUAUAAAGUAUAUACGUAAAUAUUACUGGAAAAACCCGAACAUACCAAAAUUUACAGAACUGUUAUCAAUUAAAAACAUUUCGACCUUGAAAAAACCGUCCACCUUUGUAUACAGGGCUUUUGAACUUCGUAAAACUAUUUCCUACCCUUUAACACUUUUCUUCUCUCUGACAUUUUAUCCAGAUAAUCACAUGUUUAUGUAGUUUCCGAUUUAAUAACGAGUUUAGUAUGUAGUUGUUAUGUUCAGAUUGCAUAGAUAUUGUAGUGCCCUAGGAAUGGCCAUAAUUUUUUAUCAGUUGUUUUUGCUUUAAAUGUCACCUUUAUUUCCAGGUUAGGAACUACUUGUGCAUGUCAACUCAUUUUAUUGAUGUAAAUCCUGUUUAUUUUUACUACAAAUGUUGUUGAUUUAAUACUGUCAGCCAUUUGUCGCUUUGCAUUAUGGGAAGUGACGUCAUAAAGGUCAUAUUUGUUUAUGAAGUUUUAUGUCAAAAUUCGAGCUUUUUUCAACUUCAGACCAGUUUUUCGCACUUUCGAUCUGUACAAUGAUCAGAGAAGACAAUGUAAGGGUCUUGUAAUUUAAUCCUUAUUCUUUUGAUUCAUAGUAAUUUUCAUGUAAGUUUAAUAGAACUUAAUGGUUUAAUUGUUGUUUAAAGUGAGGACAUGUAUGUUUUCGUCCGGCAUAUUUUUAUGAUGGACUCUGUCAAACCCGCAGAUUUUUGUGACGGAUUCCCUCAGCUUGCAGGGAUCCGGCGGAUUAUUAUGUUGGUUUACCCUCCCUUUUUCUUGUGUGAUUGCCAGAUUUUGGGAGAGUAUAUAAGGGUUCCCACUCAGAUUUUCGAGGACUUCGACCUCUUUGGCUUUAGAGUAAACAUAGAUUUUUUCCUUAUUUUUUUUAGUUAAUAAUUUCAUUGGAAACUUGGACAAGAUUUAGCUUACCAAAAGGUUCUUCUAGCGCAUAUUAAAUAUUCUUUUUAAGGGAUCUGUUUUAGCAUCCUGUUACAGAUGUUUAAUAAAACAAUAAUGAAAAACUUAAAAUAAUAAUCAAACACCUUCUACCUAAAUAUUAUAUCAGCAAUAAAUAAUAAAGACCAUUUCGGGAAUCUUCCCUAGUGGCACAGAUCGGAAUUUGGCCAUAUGUUAGCCUCUUUGUAAAUUUAAAGUUUCACAUAGCAAUACAUGGACAGAAAAGUGCUGCCAAACGCCUUGCUUAAUUGCAUCGUAUGAUUGAUACUACCAGCUCCAGAACGAAAUAUGGCCGUCAGUGACCGUAGAAGUUAAGCUAGAAGAAAAUGAAACCAAGCAGAAUAAUAGCAGACGAUAUUUUUGGGCGGUAGUCUAUUUUUAGAUGAUGCUUAUUCAUUUAAAUAAUCUCGAUUUUUCAUUAUGACAUGUUAGAUUUAGGAGUUAUAUGAUUUAAACUAUAUUAUUGUUUCUUAAAGACAUGUUAUUACGUAGUUGUAUUUCACUAAACUUUAGUCUAAAAAUUGACUUAAAGAUGCGUAAAUACAUACUGGCAAAGAGGCUAUUUGUAAUGAAUAUGCAUGAGUCAAAGAUGGCGGCGCCCUUCUGGAAUUCGGAUACCUUUGAUGAUACUCUUGUAUCCAUUACCUGCUCAGUCAAGUGUGACAUGUUCACCGUAAGUGUUCCUUCCCUUGAGAAGGAACAAUUAAGUUAGGCAUCUGUUAGUUUAAGUGCAUUUUGGACAUUUUUGAGAGGUAAAUUUUUGCUUUUGAUCAAAAUUAGUAUUUUAAGUGGGAAACCUUGUAGCCUCUUUAUAUAAAUUUUGCACGUUAUUUUAAGCACUGACAGACUUUAAAUCCAUACUUUAUGCAUUUGUUCCAUUAAUUUAUUGAUAUUUGCUCAUCCGUUAUUUAUUAUCCUGACAGAUACUUUGUUAAGGGAAUUUAUUAAAAUAAAUUCUUUGUUUUAAAUUGA